AUGGAAGCAGUUCGGGCACGCCGCAACAUUGCAAAGGCAACCAAGCCAAAUGAUUCCAAACCUACUCACUCCGCCGGAGAGUCUUCAAAGGCCGAAUCAUCUGGUGACUUGGCUACCUCGUCACCCGACAACUCCAAUGAUAUCAUCAUCGCCACGAACUUGAAGGAGCGUAUUAAUGCCAUGUACUUUACUUCCUGGGGUUCCCCCGAGCCUCGUCCUGCAAACCGGCCUCGCCCUGAACAUAGACGAGUUAUUCUACAGAAUCUGCCUGAAUCUCACCGUACCCCGACCAGCGUCCUUUCCUUGGUUCAUGGCGGCUCUAUCGAGAGAGUUGGGGUCAUCCCUUCUGGCAGUGCUCAUGUCACGUUCACGGAGUCGAAGGCGUGCGUGACAUACUAUGAGCAAUACCGCCAGACGGGGAUCCGGCUCCCCGGCGGGCACGUGGUCCGGGUGACUCGGGGCAAGGAGGAGAUCGCCAACUCGGUGACUCGGGGCUACCUUGACAAAGGGGUCACUCGAGUUGUGCGCAUCUCCUCCUUGCCCCUCGAGGUGAGCAUGGGGGUCCUCGUCGAGUUGGCGGUCGACAAUGGCCGCCAACUCGAGAAAAUCGAGGACACCUACACCCGAGAGGGGGUAAGUCAACUUCCUGCCUGUCUUUUCGCGUUCAUAUCAGUGACUGAGUACGGUAUAUAG